GCUUAAUACUGUCUGUCCUCGAACAGAACAGAACGGCCUCCGGGGAUGAUACCCGACAAUCUGGUAUGGACUAAAGCACAAAUUGAUGCGGCUCGUCAAAUCGUCGCCAAAAUGUGCAUGCUGCCAAACUACUUUGCACUUUGCAGUUCAAGGGUUUCAGGGGAGCUCGGACUCGACCGCAGCUUGCCUCCCAGCUACCUUUGCCGAAUUUUUGGGGUGGUUACAUCGCAUGGAGGCAGCCAGUCAAUAGCCAUGAUGGUCUUAUGGCGAUCAACAGCACCGGCACCAGCAUGCAAGAUAGCCUACUACCAGACGGUCAGGCUGCGCAACAACCGAACACCCACCACUGCCUAGCAAUAAAACAAGACUAGGAAACAAAAUUUCUGUUCCGAUGGAGUCACAUCAAGGACGGAUCAUUUUCUAGGUAUUAUUCGAUGCUGCACAUGUUUUAGCCGCCGCACUAAAUGUAGCCGAACAACCGUCGCCCGGUUUGCUUAUGACUGUAGGGAUGCCUGUUCUCUUUUGUUUUACUUUUUUGUUAUACCUAUAGCGGAUGGUGUUUUAUUUCUGGGGGAAAAGGAUGCACUCAAACCUCAUCGACAUACCCGAUCUGCCGAGAAGAAGAAACCUCCCCCCCCCCCCCCCCCCCCCCAACAA